AUGGCAGCAGCAGUUAUGCAACCUCUCCAAGGCCUUUCUCUCGAUGGUGGCAUUAUGCCCCCUUCCCCCGUAUCUGGAAACAACUCCCGCCAUGGCCGAAGCAAGCACGGUGGAAGUGUUGUAAAGGGCAAAGGCAGGGGUCGGGGAUACAGCGUGGUUGAAGAGCGAGAGGUGCAGAUUUCCAAGGCCCUGACCUGGGUUUUGAAGAGAACUGUGAAAGAAGGCGAGGAGCAAGAGGAAGGAGAUGAGAAGCUCGUGGCUGACGCUGAAGGCUGGGUCGAGUGUGAAGAAGUUCUUCAAAAAGCAAACCUCACCUCCCUCGAAGUCACAUUUCCCGAACUCCAAGACCUGAUUGCCUCCCCCGCCUCCAAAUCCCGCUUUGCCUUGAAGCUAAAUUCCGACUCGGAUGCUGAAAAUGCAGAUGAGUCGGACUACCUCAUCCGCCUGUCUCCAUCCCACGCAACACCCCCUACACCCACCACCACAGGCAAACUCACACCUCUCACAAACACUACCGAGGACCUCCCGGAAAUGGUUGUCUACGAGACCUCGUACGCCAACUACCCUUUGAUCCUCGCAUCUGGUGGCAUUAAGCGAGCAGGUGGACAAGCCUACCUGCACUUCGCUUCUAUCAAGGUGGACGAAGACGGCACUGAAAUUAAGGCCUCAUCUGACGCCGAUGUAUCCAUCUACCUCAACCUCCGCUCCGUCAUGGCAGCCAACGACAAGAUCACCUGGUCUCGAAACGAGAAGGGUGAUGUCGUUACAGAAGGCGAUGCCCAGGGUUCGAUCGAGAAGAACCUGUGGAAGAAGGCUGUUGGCCGAAGAGCCGAUAUCGGCGUCUUGUUUGAAAACGGGGAGGUGAGGAAGGAGGUCCCUAUUGGGUUGAGGGGUAAGGGUGUUAAGGGGAAGCGGGGUGGUGGAAAGGGUAAAGGCCGUGGGUUGAAGGAGAUGAAGGCUCGAAGUGAGGAUGAGUCGAACAGCGACUAG